GAAAAUCGUCUGGUACAGCAAAUAGCAGAAAAUGCAGUGCAAACAGAAAAUCGUCUGGCACAGCAAAUAGCUGAAAAUAUAUCACGAAUAACAGAAAAUGUAGUGCAAACAGAAAAUCGUCUGGCACAGCAAAUGACGCAAAUAGCUGAAAAUACAUCACAGUUAGAGUCUCGCCUUACACAACAGAUUACAGAGAAUAAUACACAAGUGCAAGAGAAAUUUUCAAAAUUUGAAGACGAAUUAAGCACUUUAAAAAAUGACGAAGAAAAUUUAAAAGCAGAAGUUCUUCAAUUAAGUAAUCGUGUGCGAGAACUGCAACUGCAUGGCCCUGCACCAUCAACAAAUAAUCAAAGAUUGAAGGCACCCACAUUCGAUGGAAGUAUUCCAUUUCAAAUUUUCAAACUUCAGUUUGAAAAGACAGCAAUGGCCAAUAACUGGAAUGCAGCGGACAAAGUGGCGUCCUUGUUUGUAUCAUUGAAAGGGCCUGCGGCAGAAAUCCUUCAGACUAUUCCAGACUGUGAACGGGACAACUAUGAGGCAUUGAUGAGUGCGAUAGAAAGACGAUAUGGUAGUGAGCACCGGAAACAAAUAUACCAGAUCGAACUGCAAAAUAGGGGUCAGAAAAUGAACGAGUCAUUGCAAGAGUUCGCAACUGAAAUAGAACGACUGGCUCAUUUGGCAAAUGCAGAUGCACCUGUGGAUUACAUUGAGAGGGUAAAAAUUCAAUGUUUCAUAAAUGGAAUUCGUGAUGUGGACACCAAACGCGCCACAUAUGCAUUGCCAAAAAGAACGUUUGCUGAAACGGUUUCGCACGCCCUCACACAGGAAACAGCUUCCCUACUAAGUAAACCAGCACACAAGGUACAAAGGGUUGAAAUGGAACAACCGGCGCUGAUGGAAGAAAUAUUGAAGACUCUGAAGACAAUUGCUGCACCGCGAGUAAAUACAACAGGAAGAUGUUUCAACUGUGGAAAAGCGGGUCACUUUGCCCGAAAUUGCAAUAUAAAAGUAAACCCAUCAAAACGGAAACAACCAACAGAUAACGAGGACGGAGCAUCCACACAAGUCGUUAAACUAAAACGGAACAGUUCAAAGGGGCGUGAGCUGGUUCCCACAACUAUUUGCCCCGCCAUCUCGAUAUCACAAAUAGGUCGCCAUGACAACAAUCUUACUAUCAACGGCAUCGUAAAUGGACGACUGUCAACGCUUACUUUGGAUACUGGUGCCACACAUUCAAUUAUCCGACCGGAUGUGGUAAGAGGAACGGUUGAACCAUUAGUCGGUUGCAAGCUUCGA